UAGAACGUACAAUAGUUUCCCCGAACGUGUCACUGAAUUCUCCGGGUCCUGUGCCUCAUGAAAGAUAACCCUUUUUAAAAGAAUAAUUAAAGAUUUACGUGUGUUUAAUGUUUAAAUGAACGCAAUAAGAACAGUAAUACAAGAUUCAAACAAUGGUUGUAAUUUCGAGAAUCUUCUCUCGUGGUUACGGCGGACUACGGGCAGCGAAAGUGUUACGCCAUGCAGUCAGAGGAAAUUCCUCCACGACCGCCCAAGAUUCGGUACAAGAGUCGCAAAAUAAUAAGCUACCAGAACAAAGCGAGAAGAAGAGAGAGAUCCCGGAUAAAUAUCGAUUCAUUUUCCCGGAAUUUCUACCGGAUCCAGAUCACACGUUACGCAACUCACUGCGAGAAAAGCUGGAGCGCAUGGAUAUGCUGGCAAGGCGCACGCACAUAACGAUACCGGAGUUUUACGUCGGUUCCGUGUUGGCCGUGACUUAUUCUGAGCGACACGCUCCCGGAAAAGUCAACAAAUUCGUUGGGUUAUGCAUCCAGAGAGAGGGAUGCGGCUUGAGGGCCAAGUGUCUCCUGAGAAAUGUGGUCGACAACCAAGGAGUGGAGGUGCUUUACGAGCUGUACGACCCUGCGAUACACAAGAUAGAGUGUCUCAGGCUUGAGAAGAGACUGGAUCCACAUCUGCGAUACCUGCGAGACGCAUCGCUGGAGUAUAGUACCUUCCCUUUCGACAUGGAACAGGAAUAUUUGCCGGAGGGUUCACCGGUACCUGUAAACGACAUCGUGAUAAAGCUCAAUCCUCAGCCAUGGAUAGAGAAAUGGGAGCAACAGGAGCUGAAAGGUGCAGACAUCUCUCAUGUGCCUCUCACUGAGAAACGCAUUAAAAAGGCUAAGAUUUCGGCAAAGCCCUGGGAGAAGUACGAUCUAAUGAAAAAAUACCGGGAAACCAUCCCCGUGGAGGAUCAAAAUGAAAUAUUUAACGAGGUGUACACGAAAUUACACGAAAUGGAGGUUACUAAACGCAGGCAAAAACACAAACGCGCUUUCACACGUCCGUUGAAAACCGGAUGAACUUUUGAUCGUGUACAGCAUUUUUCAAUUCAUGUAAGGAAAUAGAAUGAAAUAAACAUGUUUGUUUCUUUUU